AUGACUGUUCAAAAAUUCCACGCGGCUUAUGGGGACGAACCUUAUUUGAACAACUGCCUACCUCCCUCAAUCAAAUUUCAUGGUGGCACGUUUUUACUGACAAAUGAAAGAUGCUUUAUCAGCUCACUGUGGCCCAUGUCGUUAGCCGGAGGAGUUGCCCCUCGUGCUUCUUGGGCUUCGAUCAGCUGUAAAGUAAAACUGGUUUGUUCCUUAGCAGAAAUGGUUUUUGGAACAACAUUAAUAUUUUUUACGGUUACAUCCCCAUUACUGUGA